AAAGACCAUGCGCCAGGACAGUACUACAGUAGGUCCUCACUGCUCUAACAAGAAAAGAAGGGUUGGUUCUUAACCCGUGAUCCUCUCUACUUAGCAGCUAGCUCACCUUCUUCUUCUUCCUCCUCCUCCUCCUCCUCCGCCAUAUAAAAAGUCACACACACCCUCAACUCCAAGGCCGUGAUUGCAAUAGAGCAUCUCUUUUUCUUCUUCCUCCUCCCAUAUGCUCUGAUCUUCCACCUCGAUCGAUCGAUCAGCCCCAUAGCAUCACCAAGGACGACCUUUUAAAUUAUAUGGGGCCUCAGCAAGAUCGGCGGUCCAUGGCGAACGGGACGGCGGCGAGGAGCAAGGAGGCGGCGAAGGUGGUGCACUACCGGGAGUGCCAGCGGAACCACGCGGCGUCCAUCGGCGGGCACGCCGUGGACGGGUGCCGCGAGUUCAUGGCGUCGGGCGCGGAGGGCACGGCGGCGGCGCUCAUGUGCGCCGCCUGCGGGUGCCACCGCAGCUUCCACAGGCGCGAGGUGGAGACCGCCGACGACCGCGACUGCUCCUCCACCACCUCCUCCGGCUGAAUUCAAUGAUGAAUCGCCGGCUGGCCUGCACAUGCCGGAGUGAGCUAGCAGGUGGGUGCAGCAUAAGGUGAGACGAUCAUGGGGGGGCAUUGAAAUGAUUGGUAUAGUAGGUGCAUUAUAUUCAUCAAUCAUAUAUGAACCGAUUUUUAUUUCUGUUUCUUCCUCUCCUCUUCUUUUUCUCCUCUUUAUUUGUUCUUGGAUGGUUUUCAGUGUUUUUUAUCGUGUGAUCGAUCGAUGUAAGUAUGUAACAUAUGUGUUUGAUCGUUGGUAUAUAUGGUGCUUGUAAGUUGUAACUGGUGAUUUGUAUAUGUCUGUGCUAGCUGUGUAUAUAUAAAGUCGAGUGAUUUCCAUAUAUGUUACUUCCGUAUAGAAAUAGAAAUCAAAAUGAAUGAACAAGCAUCUUAUAUAUAUACUCC